AAAAGAAGGACCUCUAGUGGCCAAUAAUGGAACUAUACGCAUGUUACUUCUCCAGUGCUUUUGAUGGGAAAAAUGUCCAUAUCCACGAACGUAUAUCGAGAGGGGAAAUAUACAUUCGUAUUGGCGACGAGUGAAAGGUUUCUGCCAUCAAAAGCGCCGAAGGAAAGAAUGUGUAUAUAGUUCGGCCAUUUGACCGCUAGAGGCGAUAAUUCAUGGAGCAUACUUUUGGCUGAACUUUUUCCAGAAGCAUCGGCAAUCUUCCUACUUAUCUCUGUUUGUAGCACGUGUUGAAUGAAUGUUUGAAUGUAUAAUUUGUAUUUAUAUGUGAUUAUUAAUAGUUUGAUGGCAAAAAUGUUUUGUCUACAUAAAGAAUGUGAUAUGUAACAUAUUAUCAACAUUUGGAAAAUUUACAUUAUCACAUUUAACUACCAUAAUUUUAAAUUAUCAGGUUAGAAUAAUAAUUACCAUAAAAGAAUAAUGUGGUAAUGUAACAGAAUUUAUAAUGUAAAUAAAAUAUGGAUGUAUAUAUAAAAAUAAUAUGUAUCUAUAUAUGUUGUAAAUAUUUAUAAUAUGCUAAUAUGCAAUAAUUUAUUUUUGAAUAUAUUGUAAAAGAAGUAAUUCAUAAUGGGGCAUGAUACAAAUUCAGAAUCUGAGAGUAUUUUGUCUGAAUCUAAUGAUUUGGCGAAAGAUGUUGAUGUUGCUGCUAAAAUCAAAAGAGAUGAAAAGCCUCACAAGUGCACUUUUGAUGGUUGCAAUUUAUCUUUUUCUAGACCAUCUCGAUUAAAAAAGCAUAUGAAAUUUCACACAGGAGAGAGGGACUACAAAUGUACAUAUCCAGAUUGUGAUAAAGCUUAUACAAGCAAUUCUUAUUUGAAACGACAUAUGGAGAGCCACAAUGCAGUAAAAAAAUUAUAUAAAUGCCCAGAAUGCUCAUUACAUAUUAGUAAUCAACAUAACUUAAAACGUCAUUAUAAUACAAUGCAUACAAAUCAUGACAAAUUAACUUGCAAAGAGUGUAAUGAAACUUUUGUAAAAAAAUACCAGUUUAAGAUACACAUGGCAGAACAUAAUUCGGUUUUAUAUAAAUGUGAUGAAUGUAAUAAAAGUUUUAAAAAUAUUACAAAAUUUAAAAGGCAUAAAGCAUAUCAUGAAGAAGGAAGUAAACAAUAUCCAUGCAGUAUGCCAGGAUGUAAUGAAGUUUUUAAAAAAUGGCUGCUUCUUUGUGCUCAUAAAAAAACUCAACAUGUAAAUGAUUACAAAUGCAAUAAUUGUGGUAAAAUAUUUUUGAGCAAACGACAUUUAAAAAUUCAUUCUCAAGUUCACAUGGAAAAUAGAUCUGUUGUAUCUUGUCCUUUUGAAAAAUGCCCUCGUGUUUAUUACUUUAAAAGUAAUUUAACUCAUCAUAUACGGACUUAUCACCUUGGAGAAAAAUAUGAGUGUGAUAUAUGUAAAAUAAAGAUUGGAUCAAAACAAAGAUUAGCAAUACAUAUUCAGAAACUACACAUGUCAGAAAAAAAGAUAAAAGAGAUCAAAAAAAGGUUACGCAAAAAAAGGAAAGAUGCUGGGGUAGUUAAAAAGAGUGCACUAUCCAAAUUAGUUGGAACUAAGUUACCAGCAAAAGUAGAAAAAAUGGUAUUAAAAGGAGAAAAAACUAUACCAUACUUAGAACAAUUUGAAACAGAAUCAAAUUGUAACGCAGAUUGUAAUUACCUUAGUUCUAUAACAUAAAAUAUUGUCAUAAAUAUAUAAUCAUAAAUAUAUAUGUAUAUAUAAAUAAAUUAUAUAUAUAAAUAUAAAGUAAUUGUGUCCAUUUCUUUAGUUUUCAAAUUUGUAGAAAUUAGUUAGCACGUAUUAUUAUUUAUAAUUUUCUUCUCUUAUUAAUAGUUUUAAUUUACGGGAAUUUAUGUUUUUUAGCACUAUAUUUUAAUAUAAACACUCUAUUCGACACAUAAAAAUACAGUGCAAAUACAGGUACUAAAACUUAGCAGCAACAAAAUUAAGGUGAAUUUGAAUUGUGAUUAUAGAAAAAGUUAUAGAUGGCAAGAAAAAUCUUAGUUUUAUUUAUUUGUAUCUAAGAGUUCUGUAUUCUGAUGAAACUAAAUUUCUUAUUGAAGAUAUUUGAAACAUUUAAAAAUAUUUAUUUAAUUGUAUUUAUCUCUUAACCAACAACGUCGAGUUAGAGUCAUGGUACGUUUUUCUGGCCAAACAUAAGAAACACGAGUUAGACUCGAGGCAUGUUUUUCGGGCCAAAUAUAAGAAACAUGAGCGAGAAACGUGGUAUAUUCUUCGGGCUACAUGCGACAAACAUUUUCCUUUCUUGACCGCAUUAGGUCGCGCAGAUAUAUUUUCUUGAUAAAUAUUAGAAAUAUACCCUUAAAAAUCUUGUUCAAUGAUAAAUUGGUAGUAAUUAUUUAUCAAACAUGUUGUAACAUAAAAUUAGUUGUUCCUUAUAUAUCAAAAGAAUAAGUUCAAACGCGCAGACAGACCGCGAAAUGGUACGACGUCUGGCCGAUCUUGCCAAUGGUUACAACACGCGCUGUAGGAACAUAUAUCAUAAGGCAAGGGGUUACUACAAAUUUAUUAUUAAUGUUAAAUUUGUUAAUUUUUAUGUAUUAUGUCUGUAAUUUACAGCAUUUUUUAUUUUUAUUCCAUAAUUAAUAAAGAUGUUUGUUCAUACUGCUGUAUAAUAAAAAGUUGUAUUUAAAAAUUUAUCUCAUAAAAUAACUUUAUUUUAUAUUUUUCCAAAACUUGAUCAUAGUGUUUGCACCCUAUUAUAUUAUUUAGUUCCUCCAAUCAUUAUUUUAGACAUAAACUAUAGUCCAUUGUAAUUUUGGAUUUCAUUUGCAGCUGGUGGAUAUAAUUUAAAUACAAUAUAGUCCAUGCAUAUUAACUUGUUUUUAGUUAUAUUUCUUGUCUUCUUUCUAAUUAUACUAAACAAAGGAUUAUAACUGGUACAAGCCAUUUAACGAAUUAAUAUAAAUAUAAAUAUAUUUUAUGUAAAUACAAAAACAAUUAAAAAAACAUUCCAUUGUCAAGAUUAUAAAAUUAAAUUUUUAUAUUUCGAAAUUUGUUUAUAUUAAAGUAUUAAUGCGUAUUCUAAGCAAUGGAUACUCAUAUUAUCCGAAUAAAACAGAUAUUUAUAGUUUAAGCCAAGGUACUCAGAUGGUCAGUUAGUAUGAUAUGAACGUGAAUUGUAUUCCUUUUUAAAAGUAUUAUUUCAAUAUCUUAAUAAUUCUGUUUCAUCUGGAUUUUUGCAAAUAAUUUUUUACAAUUAGAAGUUUUUAUUACCCUUUAGUGUCAAAAAUUAAAAUAAUAACACAGGUACUUAUUCAGGUAACAGAUAUUGCUUUACACAUACUACUGAAUCAUUAUCCGGAUAGUAUGAAUAUCUAAGUAUGAAUACCCGUAUUAUUCCGGUCGUUCCGGAAAAUUCGGAACUUGCUUACACUAUUAAAACACGCAUAAAAAAUACACAAUAUAACCAUGUGAAAAAUAUUUUUAACUCUGUUAUUACAAGAAAGGAAAUAUUUAACAGAAUAUUAAUUAAAACAAUUUUAUGGAAACAUGUUUCUGAUAAUUACAUUUAGUAGUAACUUUCAUAAUAUUGUAUUGUAUCGCAAUUUUUCGUAUAUCUUCCCACUGUGAACUACAGAAGACGUUUCGAGCAGUUUCUAACCUCUAAAACAAUUUCGAAUAAUAAUUAAACAUUUAUAUGAUCAGAUCGAAAGUCGAUUUUAUCGACACUGUUGUUUUUAAAAUAUCGACAUUAUAUAUUAAGCUAAUUGGACAAAUGACUAAUACUUGAAUUUUCCAUCUUUACGUGACGAAGAAUGAGCGGAAAUACGAAAGAAGGAAGCCAUGAAUGUGAACGACUAAGAAACUUUACGUUUUCUAAUUGCCUACGAAUAAUUCUAACACACAUACAAGAUUUUUUAAUCCAUUUACACUAUCAUUGUAUCAACAGUGUUUACUAAAAAGUAUGCAUUCGAGAUUCAAGUUAAAUUCAUUACAGUUUACAUAAUUAAUUUAAUUCCAUUCCGAUUGUUUCAGCUCGCCUGUAUUUGUUAUCGCAAAACGAUCUUAUACGACAAUUAAAAUCUCGUUAAACAUUGAUUGAACCAUUUGAGUGCAGAGAGUAGUUUUAUAUAUACAUUUAAAUUGUAGAUUUUAAAUAAUAGAAUGUGUUUUGGGAGUUUGGGUAAAAUGAAGGAUUCGAGACAGAAAGAAAUGUUGCCUUUAUUUUUUAACACUAUUUAAAAAGUUUAUUAACUGAUACUGAUCAAAUAACAGUGAAUCACGAACGAUUUUCUCAAUGUAAAGGCACAACUGCUGGACAUACGAUGUUAUGCAUGUCCAAUAGUUGUUUUAUAACGGAAGAAAUAUGAGAAGCGUUUCUGUGCUUUUCGUAUUUCUUGUCCGAGUAUCGAGGAACGCGGUCACGAUCCUCUGCACUCAAAUGGUCAAGUAUUCUACCGUCGACAAACGUUGUCCGAGCAUUUUAACUCUCUGCGAUCUAGUUUGUUUUUUUCUUUUUAUCGCGAUUCGUUGCAAAACAAUUUUACGUUAUGAGACGUUCAAAUAUCUGAUGGCAGCGUGAAUUUCAGAUGAAAUCGGUUUCUAGAGGAUUUACAAAAAUACGAUCGAUACGCGCAUAUUUGCAAAGAGCUAAAGUGGACAAACUUUUGUCUUACAGGAAAAAAAUAUAAAAUAUCGAUCGAUUAUUGCGACGGUAUGUAUGAUAGAGAUAUACAUACAUUAUUUUGUUUCUUUAUUUCUUCGUGCAUCCGUUAGAUCGUGAUGCAUUACGAACAGCAUGACAAUUACUUUCCAUUGCAUUUCCUUUGGAUUCCAAUUUCGUGAAUCAUCCAAUAGUUUCAAUAGCGAUUCUUUCUUCGGUUAAUUACUUUGUUUUAUUUUAUUUCUUCCGUUGUUUUCCCUAUUUACUCAAACUCUUUGCAUUCAUUGAAUUAAUUUAAAUUGCGUACCUUAUCGUGUGUAAUUUUAUUUCAAACUAAAUGUCAUAUAUAAUUCUCUCAAAAUUAUCUAUACAUCAUAAAAAUACUUCGCGCUAAGAUAUUCAUAUGAACAGAAGCGCGUAUUAAUUGUACGAUAAAUUAAUGCAGGCCGCCUAAUGGAAAAUAGGGAAAACAUAUUGCAUUGCGAAAGGAUUAAAUGUUAAUUGAAUUGCUAUUCGAUUUAGCAGAUAUAUUCUGAUAUGUCGGAAAUUAAUCGGUUAUCGGAUGAAACGAUACUGAUGCGAUUAAGUACGAUCGUAGGUGAAGUAAUAUAAAAGAGAAAAUAAUAUUUAAUGAACACCCAUGAAUGAGAUGGAAAUAUAACGCAGAAUAUAUGAUUGAAUCAAGCAACGACAAUAAUAACGUAUUUAUUGAAUCUGUAAUACAAAUAGCGUUGUAUGAAAUAUUAAAUUCAUUUUAAUUCAUCUUUGCUCGGAACUAUUAUUUGUAGUAGAGGCGUAUUAAAAAAUUAGUGUCUUUUUUGUUAGAAAAAUAUUUUUCACGCUUUUAUCUGGCAAUAAUAUACUGAAUUAAAACAUGAAAGUUUCUUAAAAUUCAUGCAUUGUUUUCGACAUUUUGAGCACAAAUGAAUUAAAACAUUUUACAACGACAGAACAGUAGUUGAAAUCAUUUGUUGUAUCUAAGAAACAAAAUUGCUGAAUCACGUCAUUAUAAUUUCAUAAGUAGUCAUACUUAUACAAUUUAUUGUUUUGCUAUUAAGCAAUAUAUACGUAUUAUUGUCGCAUCUUGAUUAAACAAAUCAACAUUUCCCAAUCUACGUAUUGUUUACAAAAAGUGAAAAUGUUUAGCUUAGAAAUAGUAAGCAGAUAUUAUAUCCAAAGGUAGUUCAUGAAUUCAUAAGAUUUUCUUUAUAUUACAUACACCUUUCCACCUUUUCAGAACGAACACAAUACGAUAUCUUCAUAAUUACAAAUGGUAAAAAAUUUACUUAGAAAACAUAAAAGGUCAAGGCUCGUUAAAUUAAUUGGCAAAAACGGAAACGAUUGGGAAACGCUGCACAAAAAGAGCCAUUCUGUCAGCUAUAGUUUGUAAGUUAUAUUUCCUGCUAUUCAGCAUCGAUCAUCUGACACCACCAUGGUGAUUAUCCGUGAGAGGGGUAUGAGGAGCUCAAAAUCUGUGCGUGUUACGACGAAAACGACGAAUUUCGUAUCCUUAUGUACCUGUACGCACCCAUAUAUUACUAGGACCAAACUGUCAUAUGUCAUGCGACUAUUACAUAAGUACGGCAGGAGAGAUAUGUGGAUUGCGUGUGAAAUUAGAUGUCGUGGUGAACGUGAAAUGAGCGAGCAUGAGCGUAUCACGUUAUUGUGUAUGCGUCACGUUAGGACGCUAUAUAUGUAGAUGGAGGGGCCACAUUAUUAUACUUGAGAGAGGAAAAGAAAGAGAGAGAGAGAGAGAGAGAGAGAGAGAGAGAGAGAGAGAGAGAGAGAGAGAGAGAGAGAAAGAGAGAAAGAGAGAAAGAGAGGGAGAGAGAGAGAGAGAGAGAGAGAGAGAGAGAUAUAGGGAGA